GGAGGCGGCGGCGGCGGCGGCGGCGGGGUCGGCGAUGGCUUUCGAGGCGCUGGCGGAGGCGGCGGAGCGGUGGUGCGCCCGCACGCCCUUCCAGCUCAUCGCCGCCGAGGAGACGGAGCGGCGCAUGGACUUCUACGCCGAGCCCGGCGUCUCUUUCUACGUGCUGUGCCCGGAGGCCGCCUGCGGGGACAAUUUCCACGUGUGGAGUGAAAGUGAAGACUGCUUACCUUUUCUCCAGCUUGCACAGGAUUACAUCUCCUCCUGUGGGAAAAAGACGCUCCAUGAGAUAUUGGAAAAAGUCUUCAAAUCCUUCAGACCUUUACUUGGGCUUCCAGAUGUUGAUGAUGAUGCAUUUGAAGAAUAUAACGCAGAUGUGGAAGAAGAGGAACCAGAAGCCGAUCACCAACAGAUGGGUGUCAGCCAGCAGUGAUUUUCUGAGAAGCUAAAAUAAUUCGGAAGCCUUUGGUACCAGGUGGGGUCAGGUGGUCCCACGUUAGCCUGUUCGAAUUAGCCCAUCACAAGGGGAUAUCUGGCUGCCAAGAUAAAAGUUUCACAAAAAAUGGUUUAAAAAAAAAAAAAAAAAUAAUUUGUGAUGAGCUUUGCUAAGAAGUGACCUGAAUUUUGCUCCUGCUUCAGUGGGUUUUCUAUGGAGUUGUCUUGGUAGCAUUCUACCGCAAUCAGUCUAGAAGUAGUUUUGUCGCUGACUUGUCUCUUCGAUUUGUGCUCGAGAGUAGCAUUCGCUGACAUGAAUGUAGAGUACCGAGAAUGUAGGAAACGUGUGGUGAGAGUGCCGAGUCCUCACCGGUGACCUUUCUGAGGAAACCAGCGCAGAGAGCAAACACCACCUGCGCUUUUAUGUUUAGUUCAACAGCUAUGGUUUUUGAAAAAGUACCAAACUUGGGAGAAACCUCUCCUUAAAAACAGUAGUUCAAUAGUGGUUGGUGCUGCAGAAGUGCACGUGAGGGCUUAACAAAAAAGUAAUGGGAAGUGGGAAAUCCAGGAGGUGUCAGACAUAUUAAUGUUGUUUUACUGACACCUGAGUUUACAAGUGCUGAAUUGAUAACUGGGAGUAAUGAGUAUCAACAGCACACAUUAUAGCCAACCCUGGUACUCAAACAUCAUGUGAUCCAAAGGCAAGUGCUGCUUUCUUACAAAUGAAGUAAAAAAUAGCCAUAGCCUAUCCCACUUCUGCAUGACAACCAACUUUAAGCUUCGCUGGUUUUGAUACACUGCCAAAUUAUUACUCAAACCUCGUGGCAUCAUGGAUUAGAAUCAUAGAAUAUACUGUGUUUGAAGGGACCCAUCAGGAUCAUCAAGUCCAACUCCUGGCCCUGCACAGGAGACCCAACAAUCACACCGUGUGCCUGAGAGUGUUGUCCAAAUGCUUCUUGAACUCAGACAGGUGUGGUGCUGUGACCACUUCCCUGAGGAGCCUGUUCUAGUGCUCAGCCAUCCUCUGAGUGAAAAGCCUUUUCUUGGUAUCUAGCCUAAAGCUCCCCCAGCUCAGCUUCCUACCAUUUCCUCGAGUCCUGUCAUUGACCAUGAGAGUGGAGAGAUCAGUACCUGCUGCUCUACUUCCCCUCAUGAGGAUGCUGAAGACCGCAGUGAGGUCUCCCCUCAGUCUUCUCCAGGCUGAACAGACCAAGUGACCUCAACUGCCCCUCAUACGGCUUCCUGUCCAGACCCUGCACCAUCCUCGUGACCCUCCUUUGGACACUGUCUAAGAGCCAAAGGUCUUUUUUAUAUUGCGGUACCCAAAACCUGCAUGCAGUAUUCAAGGUGAGGCCACCCCAGUGCAGAGCAGAGUGGGACAAUCCCCUCCCUGGACUGGCUGGUGAUGCUUUGCCUGAUGCCCCCCAGGACAAGGUUGGCCCUCCCAGUUGCUAGGGCACUGCUGACUCAUAUUCAACUUGCCAUCGACCAGGACCCCCAGGUCCCUUUCCAUAGCGCUGCUCUCCAGCCUCUCCUUCCCUAGUCUAUACACACAACCAGGAUUGCCCCGUCCCAGGAGCAGAAUCCAGCACUUGCCCUUGUUAAACUUCGUAGGGUUGGUGAGAGAUUGCCCAUCAUCCUAAUUUGUUGAGGUCUCUCUGCAGAGCCUCUCUGCCCUGGAGGGAGUCACUAAAUUGCUCACCCCCAAUUUAGUGUUUUUGUCAAAACUUAGUAUUCCUUUAAGUUGUUAAUGAAGAUGGUGAAGAGAACUGGGCUGAAAAUGGAGCCCUGUGGAACCCCACUAGUGACUGAAUGCCAGCCAAUGUUACCCCAUUCAGUAUAACUCUUCUGCCCAACCUGUGAGCCAGUUGCUCACUUUUCACAUAACGCAGUUAUCCAGCUUUGUCCUGGACGUUUUGUCCAGAAGGAUACUGAGAGAGUAUCAAAAACUUUGCUGAAGUCCAAAAAGAUGACAUCUACUGGCUUUCCUAGAUCAGCUAGGUGGGUUACCCUGUCACAGCAGGAAGUCAGGUUCCACAAGUAGGACUUUCCCCUCAUGAAGCCAAGCUGGCUGUAGCUGAAGACUGCGUUGUCCUCCACGUGUUUUUCAAUACCUCCCAGAAUAAUCUUUUCCAUGGUUUUAUUGGGCACUGAAGUGAGACUGACCAGCCUGUCAUUUCCAGGGUCCUCCUUGAGUGCACCUUAAGUGCAACUUGAGUGCAACCUAACAUUGAAGCCAUAAGGGUAUAAACCAGCACCUGGUUCUUAAAAUUAUGCUGGAACUCUUCCUCUCCCUGGGCCUUUGAGCUAGUGGGAGCAUUUACACCUGUUUGAAGGGGAGCUAAAAUACCACUACUUUGGCUGAUACGAAAUCUAGUGAGUUUUGGUUAUCAGGGAACUUGCUCCCCAGAAGGCUUUGGUGAUGGUUUUGGUAUAAAGGAUAUAUAUAUAUAUAUAUAUUAUACCUGUUUUGCAUAGAUUUAAGUGACUUGGAUGAGUGCCAGACUGUGAAGAUGUAGGGUGUCUUUAUUUACUUGCCUUUUGUACUGAAAAUAUAAGAAGCAAAGGUAAUUCUAUUGUAAUACAGCUGAAGAAAAAUGUUUCUAAAUUCUCUCCUUUUUUCCAAUUUUUUAGAAAUUACUAAACAAAGGUCACAUGCUCCAAAAACCCUUUUAUACAGAAUUAGCUUUAUAAAAACAAAGAGUGAGUGAAGAGAAAAUGCUUGGACAACUCCUAGAAACAACUCGCAUCAUUUUGAAAAUCCUUGUUGUUAACAAUGUCUCCUUUUCAAUAGACUUUUUAAAGACUCUUUUUCCAAGGUUACUAAAGAGAGCAAGUUUUCUUGGUGGUUUGAUGAUGGUGGCUUCAGAGAUGCAUAGCACAUGAUUUUUCAGCUGGAGGCAAAAAACCUUUCGUGAGUGGCAUGAUGUGUGGUACCUGAAUCUGCACAGAAGUGUCUACAACACUGUAAAAGUCAGAGUUUAAGAAUAUUAAAAAAAAAGGUGGAAGAAAACCAGAGCUUAAUGCAACUUUGUACAUUCUUUCAGCAUGCAGGCGUAAACAUGGUAGUUGCAGCACAUUUUCUAUGGACUAGUGACGUGAGAACUGUGGCAGUUCAUUGUAUAACACUGUACAGCAGCAAUAGGCUUUUUGCUUACUAAAAUAAAGUGUAAGACCGGUGGUUUUCA